AUGCCACGGAAAAGGAUUAAUAAAACGGAAAGAGCCUCACGUGAUCUAUCUUUAUAUGAAUCUGCAUAUGAUGUGGUACUGUCUGGAACGUCAAUUCGAGCAGCUGCAGCCCAAUUUGGUCUGUGCCAUGUGUCCCUAUUACGUUAUAAGAAGAAAAGAGAAAACUCAGUCGAUUGCAUUACAAAAGUUAGUAUGGGAUACAAGCCCGCUAAUCGUGUUUUUUCAAAUGAACAAGAAAACGAAAUGGUUAAAUAUAUCAAGAAAGCAGCAGAUAUUUAUCAAGAUAGUGACGAAAAUAUUCCGUUGUCUGCGUUUCGUUUAAAGGAAGGAAGAGCAGAUGCGAUCCUUAUCAGGACACCUGCAAAACUUUUACAAGUUCAUGACGAAGCCACUCCAACUUCGUCAGAAUUCGUAAAAGUUGUAUUUUCCCCAGAAAACGUUAGACCAUUUUCCAAAGCUCCACCAAGAAAAGGUACAAUGAAAGGAAGGAAAAAAAGAAAGUCCGCAAUUUAUACAGACACCCCAGAGAAAAUAGAAAUAGAGAAAGAAGUUGAGGAAAGAGAAAAAAAGAGAGUAAAAAGAAACUUAGGCAGUCAGGGAAAUAGACCAAAUAAUAAAGUUCCUAGAAAGAAAAAAACUGGAUCGGCAGAAAGCAGUGAAGACGAAAAUGAAUAUUUUUGCCUAGUUUGCGCCGAACCUUAUGGGAAUAGCAGAAAGGACGAGAAAUGGAUCCAGUGCACACAGUGCAAGAUGUGGUCACACGAAGAGUGUGUAGCACAAAACUUGUUCUAUGUUUGUCACAAUUGUGAGUCAGAGUAA